GGUUUACAACUUGAGUGUAUGAGUUCAAUUAACCUUAGUAGUUGGGCUGCUUUGUUAGAUGUGUCUAUUCAGAGUGUGGUGGCCUAGCUAGUCACACAACAUGGUUCAUUUAGCUAUGCUCACAUAGCUUAUCGAUAGAGUAUGCAGCAAAUUUAUGCUAUUCUACAUCUUACCUUUCGCAACCUUGGUAGGAGACAAAACUCCAAGAACUGCCCUAAUUCUCGUUUCAAAUUCAUUGAUCGGUGUCUGCCAACAGUAGUAUCGUUUUUUAUAUAACACAAUCAGAUACUCUGGAUCUUGCGCAAUCAGUAUUGUUCAAUUGUUGAUGACCGUUCUUUGAUCUCCGACAAGGCUCAAAAGGCGGUCCACCAACAUGAACCCAGUCAGCGUUCUCGGGCUCACAGCCAGCAUCAUUGCUUGCAUUCAAUUAGCCCAAGCUUUGUCUAAGGAAGUUGGACUGUCUGAACACAAUCGAACUGAUCUAGAACGUAUGCUAAGGACAUUGCGGAGGUUCCUUGCCUCAUAUCAAGGUUUGAAGAAUAUAGCUGCGAUUGAUGAAAGUGGAGGGCGAUUCUGCCUCGUUAAACAAGCCGAACAGCCCUGGAAAGAAAGUCAGGAAAUCAUCAACGAAGUUCAACAAAGAUUAGAGGAGAAGAACUUGUUUAAUCAAUGGAUUAGAGGGGGAGUUCCUGGGACAGGAAAAUCAACAAAUGUUUGUCAAAAUUUGACGAUAUCAAGGAGCAGUUUGAUAUUGCAAUUCAGUCUGAUCAACUGUACGAGGUCUAGAAUACUCGCGGAGAGUUGAAGCUGUGCUAAGUCUUGCUACAGACAAAUCAUUGCUGCGAUCGAAAAGUACGCCUAGCAGGCUCUAUGCGACAUUCGAGAUAUCAAGGAAAAUGCGCAGAGAAUUGAAGACCACAUAAGAGACCUUAAAGACGACGCUCUCGAAAUUAGACAUGGUAUCAGCCUUUACAAUCAGAGCAUCAAUAAUAAUCAUACAAACAUCGACCAGCAUACUCGAGACGUUAACGAUAGUAUGCAAGAUAUAAAAUGCACAAUCGCUCAGCAAAGUUUGGAUUUUGAAACUAAAGAAAAGAUAAAAGCCCGAGAAUCCAAGAAAAAGGAGGUUCUCCAGUGGUUGUUGACCGCAGACCCGAAAACAAAUCAUGACUUGGCGCGAAGACGCUUUGAACCUGGCACCGGGUCAUGGUUUCUUCAAAGCAAUAAACACCGCAAUUGGAAGACGAGCGAUAAUUCCUUCCUUUGGGUUCAGGGUCUAUCAGGCUGCGGUAAAACAAUUCUGUGCUCAACAGUUAUCUUGGAUGUGAUCGAUUAUUGGGCAAUAGUCCUGACUGCUUCAUCGCAUAUUACUACUUCUCUUUCAAUGAAACCGAAAAACAAAAUGCCAAUAAUUUACCGCGCUCAAUUUUCAUACAACUCCUCGUCAAAUGUGACGCCUCGCUCAAUGAUGCUUUAGCCAUCUUUAAAGAUAUUCA